AUGCGGCUCCUCAACACCGAAACCUGCCAAUUUCAAAACUUCUUUGACGGCAACGCCCCCUUUUACGCAAUCUUAUCCCACCGCUGGGACGACGUAGAAGCUACGUACCAGGAGUUCGAGUCCGCUACGACCAAGGCGGGACCGGGAUUCAAGAAGGUUCUGGACUGCUGUGCAUACGCCCGUGCUCAGGGGCUGAAAUGGGUAUGGAUCGAUACGUGCUGCAUCGAUAAGACGAGCAGCGCGGAGUUGUCUGAGGCGAUCAAUUCAAUGUUCAGGUGGUACAACAAUGCCGUAGAGUGCUACGUCCACCUGAAGGACGUCGGCGAGAGCACGUGGAAAGAGGAGCUCGGGACGAGUGAGUGGUGGGAGAGGGGCUGGACCCUUCAGGAGUUGUUGGCGCCCGGGAAAGUCGUGUUUCUGGACAAGGCGUGGAAGGUGAUCGGAGGGCGGGAGGAGCUGGCGGGUGAGAUCGCGAGGAUCACGGGGAUCCCGGAGAGGUUUUUGGACGGGAGGGAGGAGCUGGGAGGUGCGAGUGUGGCCAUGAGGUUCUCUUGGGCGGCAAGGAGGCAGACGAGCAGGGUCGAGGACCGGGCGUACAGUCUGAUGGGACUCUUUGGCGUCAACAUGCCCAUGCUGUACGGAGAGGGGCGGAAUGCGUUCUUGAGGCUUCAGCUCGAGAUCCUCAAGCUUUCGGACGACGAGUCGAUAUUUGCCUGGAGGAGAGACACGGAUCCCGGGGCGUCCGGGCACGGGAUGCUCGCGCGCAGACUGGAAUAUUUCAGGGAAUCCGGGGACAUUGUGAGGAGGCCAAAGAGAACCGACCGGCCGCCUUAUUCGAUGACGCACAAAGGCUUGAAGCUGCAGUUGCCGCGGUCGACCGUGGAAGGGACGACCCGGAUCGUGUUGCCGCUCGACUGUGUGGACGGCGACAACGUCGGGCCUCUGGCCAUCGUUUUGUACAAGCCUCACGCGGGAUUCUGGGCACGACUCGACAGCCAUGAGCUCAGGCAAGCUCCGUCAGAGCAUCUUUGGACCAGGCGCGACUGUGUGUAUCCGAACAGGGCGACCAUCUACGUGAGAGAGGAGCACUGA